AAUAUUGAUUUUUCAUCUGACAGUUAGUAUUGACCGCGUUUCGUUGAGGUUAAAGCGCAGGAAGGUGCUUUAUUUUCUGCUUUGGAUGAAAUCAUAAUUAAAAAUGAGUGAAUUUUAUCAUAUUGUUCCUUGGUUCAAUAGUGACGAGUGGCAGAGAGUGUACAUUGGUAUAACAUCAGAUGCUGAUUCCAGCAAAGAAGAGGCUCUAAAACUUUUACUCGUGUGGAAAGCCAGAUGCCCGUCUCUCCCGUCCGGCAUAGAGUCAACUCUGAGUUUACUGCAAGUUCAUGUUCAGGAUUCAAAGAAUUCUCAUGAUGUGGCCAAUGAUCAACUAAUGCGUCUUGCGUAUUCAUCAGCAGUCAUGCGAUUUGUUAACCACAUGCUGGACACCGAAACAGCUAAAGGGACAAGCUUAUAUCAAGCAGCUAAAACCUUAGGGGUUCCUGACUGGAUUGUGGAUUUACGACAUGAUACUGCUCACAGUAAUAUACUUCCACCUUUAACAUUGUUACGAGAAGCAUGUUCUAUCAGUCUGAAAUGGCUGCAAACUAAUUAUUGGGACAAUCACAAGCAGUACAUCCAGGACUAUGUGUGUGGACAAAAUAAUGUCAACAUUCCUGAUGCAUAUAAAAUUCAAGCACUGAUUAAUUUUUGCAUUUCAUUGGGAAUAUGCACAAAUUCAAAAGUGAAGAUCAAAAAUUUAUCUGAAAUACCAAACUUGACUAUGCGAGAAUCAAUUAUUAAUGAUGCAAAAGAUUUGCUAGGCGAACACCUUGAUCUAUCUAACCUGAAAACGGUGUCUAUUGCAUCGCUUAUAAACAUCCUAAACACGCAUGGUAAAAAGCUUUUAAAGUUCAAGGAUGCAAGCGAAAUUGUUAAUGAGGCUUUGCUUGGAGAUGAUGGACUAUUUCUCUCAAGGGAACUUCUAUAUUUCUUCAGUGCAACAGACUUUAAAUUUAAAAACAGAUUGUACCCUGGUUACGUUCAAUGUUUUGAACUCCUGCUCACAUUCCUUCACACAAAUGAUUUGUUGUUGAACUUUAUAUUGGCUCUUAUAAAGUUAACAUAUAGUCCGGAAACAUCACGUUUUAAAGCAAGACUCGCUUCAAUGUGGCUUUCUGAAAUUUUAAGAGCCUUGAAAAUAUCACAUAAUGUGGCACAGAAGACAAAAAAAAUGGCUUUUGACAAAAUACCAAAGAGGAAAGAUUUGAUACAGCUGUAUGAACAUUGGUACCCGGGCAGUCACAUAAAGAAUGUCCUUGUUUUGGAUCUUCUAAAACCUGUUCCUGAAGAACUGCAAGAUUUAAAAUUCAUUCAACCAAUCCUAUCUCAAUAUAAUACGCAUCUGUCGUUUUUCGUGGCAAAUCUUCUAGAUUUACUUGUGCCAAAACUUAACUUUUUUGCGGCAAAGAGAAUUUGCUUGAUAGCAAGAUUGAUAGCAUCUCCAGAUAAGUUCCCUUUCCCUCCAUCUUCAACUAUUUACACAGCUGACGAUGUGCAAGGUGAAUAUAUUGAUAUAUGCGAACAAUAUGGGAGACGUGUGGUUACUGUGGUGCCUAAAAUCAGAGAACCACCAGCGAAAUUCGUAAAUUUCAUAUGGAACGAAGCUUCUGAUGAACAUGACUGGUCUACAUGCCCUAUUGGAAAGGUACCUUGGCAACCAAAUGAUGUUGGUGUGCAAGCUAAUAUAAAAUAAAUGGAGAAUGGACGAAAAGCACCUAAAGCUGUGCUUAAUAGUCUCAGCUGUGUUUUUUAUCUUCAACAUUUGUUAUAUAUAAGUAGUCAGAAGUCAAAUAAGGCAUACCUGGUACCUGGGCUGCGUUACUCUAGGUGCCAGAAAAGUUCAGAAAUAUAAAUGCAUUAUUUUCGGUUUGUGAGGGUCUCCACGAGGAUAGACCUUCAAAACACAAAUUAUAAUAGGAUCAUGCUCCAUCUGUUAACACCAAAAUCAUCUCUAGCCGCUAUGGCCAUGGUCAAUAUAUACACUUGCCCAUAGUCCUUUAAGUCGAAAUAUGCAGAAUUAAAUAUUAAAUCUAUAUCAAAUUUAAUACAUUAUUAUAACUUCAUGUAGAUUUAAAUAUAAAAAGUUGUGGUGGCCUAGAAGAACUGGUACUCAGCUGAAUCUGGUUAGAAAGGAAAAGGCUCGGAGGAUUGAUUGAUCGAUGUAGAUUCAAAUAUAAAAUUUAUGUGAAAUGUCAUUAUUAUAACUUUACGUAGAAAUAAAUAUACAAUUUGUGUCAAAGACUCAAAUGUAACACAUAUAACCUGUUAUAACUUUAUGCCGAAUUACAUAUAAAAAUUUACGUAUAAUGUAGGUACAAUAUUAUCAUAACUCAAUGAAGAAUUAAAUAUUAAAUUCAUAUCAAAUGUAUAACAUUAUUAUAACUUUAUGUAGAAAUAAAUAUAAAGUUUAUGUCGAAAGUAUAACAUUGGCGUACCUUUAUGUAGAAAUAAAGUUCAUGUCAAAUGUAUUACAUAUUGGUGUAUCUUUAUGUCGAAAUAAAAGCAUAAUAAAACACAUUUAUCUCAUUA